GGCGACGCCGGAAGUACAAUCUAAAUACAAUAUAUCACGAUAUCCUUGUACUGUGACUCGAGGAAACUACCGGGUCAUGGGUGGACGGUGGUGGAUGCUGAAAAAACAAAGACGGAGCAGUGAAAGCCGCUGAAGGACAGCUUAUCAAACCUUUAAGCAUGUUCCUCAGAAUACAGCUGGGCUUCCUGUACGGCGCCUGUGCGCUUCUGACGCUAAGUGCCGCGUCCCAGCAGCGUCCUCCUCCGCUGCUGCUGGUAUCGUUCGAUGGCUUCCGAGCAGACUACCUGCAGAGGUUCCCGAUGCCCAACCUGACGCUCUUCUAUAACCACGGGGUCCUGGUGGAGCACCUCACCAACGUCUUCACCACAAAGACGUUUCCCAAUCACUAUAGCCUGGUGACGGGACUGCAUGCAGAGUCUCACGGCAUCGUGGCCAGUUCAAUGUACGACCCCAUCAGCCACAAGCACUUCAGUAACAGCAAGGACCCGAUGUGGUGGAAUGAGGCCACACCUUUCUGGAUCUCCGUGCAGAAAGCUGGCUACAAGACAGCGGCGGCCAUGUGGCCCGGCUCUGAUGUGUCCAUCCACAACCAAACACCCACGCACUUCUUUCCCUACAACUCUCAUGUGACCUUCCAGGAGCGUCUGAGCAACGUGACAAACUGGAUCCUGGGAAGUGAGAAGCAGGAAGGGGUGAUAUUUGGAGCGCUCUACUGGGAGGAGCCAGACCACUCGGGACACUUGUUUGGACCUGAAAAUACUGAGGACAUGAGCCAAGCACUGAAGGAAGUAGAUGACAACGUCGGCUUGAUGAUAUCUGAGCUGAAGAGAACCGGCCUGUGGGGUCACAUCAACGUCCUGGUGACCAGCGACCACGGCAUGGCUCAGUGCUCAACCGAACGCCUCAUACGCCUGGAUGACUGCUUACAUGCUGACAACUACACACUGGUGGACCUCACCCCCGUCGCAGCCCUCAUCCCAAACAACAAGACUGAGGCUGUCUUUGCCCUGCUGGAUAAGUGCCACCCAAACAUGACCGCCUACUUAAAGGAGGGCAUCCCUGACAGGCUGCACUACCGCCACAACGAGCGCAUCCAGCCCAUCAUACUGAUCGCUGAUGAGGGAUGGACGAUCGUACAGCAAGGGAACGCGCUUCCCAGACUGGGGGAUCACGGCUAUGACAACUCGCUGCCCAGCAUGCAUCCCUUCCUGGCAGCAGCGGGGCCCAGCUUUCAAAGCGGCUUUCGAGUGACAAGUUUGCAGAGCGUGGACGUUUACCCGCUCAUGUGCCACCUGCUAGGUGUGCCCCCGCAGCCCAACAACGGCACCCUGGGUAACAUCCUGGUCAUGCUGGUAGCUGAGGCCAACUGGAACGUGGCCGUAAUUGUGGGCUUGGUGAUUGGUGGCCUUAUCGUGCUCACUACCAUAUCUGUACUCUUCAAGCGGAUGUGCCGCUGGCGACAGCCUUCGGUCCUCCGGUCGUCCUGCAGACUACAAGUUGAACACGGCAACGAUGAAGACGAAGCCUUGCUGACGUAAGGGAGCCCAACUCAAUUGGGUCUGUGUUGCCUGCUCGUGCACUUUACCCACACUGAACUAUUGUAUUUGCUUGAUGGAAAAAAAAUGUCAUUUGACCAGAAAUGACGCAGGCUGGCAGACAGGUGGAAGGCAGUAAAACAAAACUAGCCAAACUCGUUCCCAAGUUGCCAUGACACACCAAAAAAGUCAUUUUUGCUAUGUAAAAAUUCCAACACACAUUUUUUAGGAUUUGUCUCUCUGGUUUUGCUUUUGGACUUACGUCAAUAUUUACAUGUGCAGUUUUUUUAAACCAUGUUUGUGCAUAUCCAAUGAUGAAUGUCAGCGAUGUACAGUACGAUAUGUUACACAGGAGACGACAACAUUAUACGUACGUACAUGUUCUGGACAGCCCCAAGCAGUGUCUCAGGGAUCUGAUUUGAACUUGCGCUGUGUGUUCGUAAAACCAAAGUACUGUCAUGAAGACGUGGUUAUCAGAAAAAGACACGCUGUCAUUGUGUCACACUGGACUUAUUUUAUUCAAAGAUACAUCUAAAUACUUUCUAAUGCUUUAAAGCUGGGAAAAGUCACACUGCUGUGAAUUCUGAUGUGUUACAUCCUGUAAGCACUGCCCAAUAAAAUGUGAUUUUUUUAAAACAAGGUCCUGGUUAUGGUACUAUGACAUGGUUUACAAACAAUAUGAAGACUUUGGAGUGGUCUAGUCCAAGUCCUGACAUGAAUCCUAUUGAGAUGCUGUGGGAUGACCUUAAAAAGGCGCUUCAUGUCCGAAAAACCCUCCAAUGUGACUGAAUGACAACAAUUCUGCAAAGAGGAGUGGGCCAAAGUUCCUCCACAGCGCUGUAAGAGACUCAUUGCAAGUUAUCACAAACGCUUGAUUGCAGUUGUUGCUGCUCAGGGUGGCCCAACCAGUUAUUAGGUUUAGGGGGCAAUCACUUUUUCACACAGGGCCAUGUAGCUUUGGAUGAUUUUUCUCCGCUGAUAAUAAAAAGUUUCACAUAAAAGCUUCAUUUUAUGUUCAGUUGUGUUGUCAUUGACUAAUAUCUAAGCUUGUUGAUGAUCCGAAACAUUUUCAAGUGGGACAAACAUGCAAAUAAGAAAUCAGGAAAGAUGCAAAGACUUUUUCACACCACUGUAUAUGUUCCGAUCUGUUUUUCUUUCUAAAUUUAGUGGGGAUGAUGGUACUCGUGCUCUUUUUUUUAUCUUUCAAGAUACACGUUUCACACCUUUUUGUGUUACAGUUUUAAAGUUACUGUUUUACUACUGAAAAGAGACUUUUAAAGUGAAUAAACUCUGUAAUUUGUACAUUGUGUGUGUGUGUGUGCGCGCGUGUGUGCGUGUUUCUGAGGAAAGGAAA